GGGAGAGGAGAAGAAGGAUUAUAGACGCCAUCGUCAAACCCUGCUUACCAUUUUCACUUCUCUCUCUCUCUUUAGGGUUUUGGCUCUCUCUCUCUCUCUCCCUCCUUAUUCCUUUCUACCUCUCACACCCUUCUCAAUGACCAACAACAACGACAACAUCGCCGUGACAGAUCUCACUUCCGCCCUCAAUGAAGAGAAUCGCGCCGACCUAGUCAAUGCUCUCAAGAGCAAGAUUCAGAGUCUGGCUGGGGCUCAUUCUGAUGUUCUGGAGACUCUAUCCCCCAAUGUCAGGAAGCGUGUUGAAUCUCUUAGAGAGAUUCAGGGUAAACAUGAUGAAAUAGAGGCAGACUUCUUGAAGGAGAAAGAAGCUCUUGAAGCCAAGUACCAAAAAUUGUAUCAGCCAUUGUACACAAAGCGCUAUGAAAUCGUAAACGGUGUUAUUGAAGUGGAAGGGGCAGCAAAUGAAACAACAGAUGAAUCAGAAGAGGAUAAAGAGAAAGGAGUGCCUUCUUUUUGGCUCAAUGCAAUGAAAAAUAAUGACGUGUUAGCUGAAGAGAUUUCAGAGCGUGAUGAAGGUGCUCUCAAGUUUCUUAAAGAUAUCAAGUGGAGCAGGAUAGAAAAUCCUAAAGGAUUCAAGCUUGAGUUCUUCUUUGAUACCAAUCCUUACUUUUCAAAUACCAUCUUGACAAAAACAUAUCAUAUGAUUGAUGAGGACGAACCUAUAUUGGAGAAAGCCAUUGGGACGGAAAUUGAAUGGUACCCGGGAAAAUGUUUGACUCAGAAGGUUUUGAAGAAAAAGCCUAAGAAGGGUUCAAAGAAUGCUAAACCAAUUACCAAAACCGAGAGCUGUGAAAGUUUCUUCAAUUUUUUCAAACCACCAGAAGUCCCUGAGGAUGAUGUUGACAUUGAUGAAGAUUUGGCCGAGGAACUUCAGAAUCAGAUGGAACAAGAUUAUGACAUUGGGUCAACAAUAAGAGACAAAAUUAUCCCUCAUGCUGUAUCAUGGUUUACUGGGGAGGCUGUUGAGGGAGACGAGUUUGAAGACCUGGAAGAUGAUGAGGAUGGAGAUGACGAUGAGGAUGAUGAAGAGGAGGAUGAGGACGAAGAUGAUGAUGACGGCGAUGAAGAGGAGGAAGACAGUAAGACUAAAAAGAAGUCAUCUGCUGUUAAGAAGAGUGGAAGGGCACAGGCUGGUGAUGGUGAGCGACCUCCAGAGUGCAAGCAGCAGUAAUUGUUUAUUUCUUCGGAGUGUCAUGUGGCUGAUGGGUGUUUUUGAGGUCCUAUGGUGCGCCUGAUGGAAAAGUGGGUUUCAGUUUCAUGCAAUUUUUCAUGGUCCUUGAUUCAUUUUCCUCCUUAGAUCCUAUAGUCUGAAUUUAUUGAGAGUCCAUUUCUUCUUUUUCCCAUCCAUUUUGAGAGAAUGUGGGGUUAUAUUAUAGUCAGGGAUGCUGUGAUUUGUUACUGUUGGAAUUUCAUUCCAGAUACUUAAAAUAUAUCAUAGGUUGUGCUUUGUUGCUAUUAUUUUUCUUAUUAAUUUAUUUAUUCACAAUUUUGUUAA